CCGAGUGCAGCCAGGCGCGCGCCGCCGCCCACUCGCCCUGUGCCCGCUAGAGCCCAAAAGUACCCCGGGCUGGGAGCUGAGGGGACAGCGGGGAUCGUGAGCUCUUAACCCGAGCGAGCGGGCGUGUCCGCAGCCGGAGGACUACCUGGAGGACAUGGAGGAAAGACCCUCGGAGACCAACUCCAAUGUUGACAGCUCAGCGCAGCCUUCAGUGGCCCAGCUGGCUGGGCGGUUUGGGGAGCAGGCAGCUGUGGCUAGGGAGACACCAGCCAGUAAGCCAACAAGAAGGAAACCGCCCUGCUCCCUCCCCCUCUUCCCCCCCAAGGUAGAGCUGGGCCAGAAUGGUGAGGAGAAAUCACCAUCCAGCACCGGCCACCCACCUAAAAUCAAGGUGAAGAGCUCACCUCUGAUUGAGAAGCUCCAGGCCAAUUUAGCCUUUGAUCCGGCAGCUCUUCUGCCUGGGGCUUCACCCAAAAGUCCCGGACUCAAGACCAUGGUGUCGCCAUUUCACAGUCCCCCUUCCACACCCAGUAGCCCUGGCAUCCGAUCCCACCCAGGUGAGGCAGAAGAGGUGCCUGUGAGCUUUGACCAGCCUCCGGAAGGUACUCACCUGCCCUCUUACAAUAAGGUAAGGACUAGAGGCUCAAUAAAAAGACGUCCUCCCUCGCGGCGAUUCCGAAGGUCUCAGUCGGACUGUGGGGACCUCAGAGAUUACAGAGCUGUGGAACCAUCUCAGGAAAACGGUGCCAGGGAAGAAAAUGGGGAUGACGUGUUUCCUAGCAAGAGCAAGGACCCCGGGUCCCCCCAACCCAACCAGGAAGCCGGGGCAGACAGGGUAGAAGGAACCCUGAGGUCUACAGAAAAGCCACGGAGGAGGAACACGUGCAGCAGCACAGAGAAGCCAGAGGAGCUGGUCGGGACCCCAGAGGAGGCGAAUGCCGGAGCGAAGGCUGGACAGACUCCAGACACAGCCAGUCAGGGUCAUCCAGAGGUUCAAACCUGCAGCCCAGAGGCUGAGAAUGGGUGUGGAAGCCCACGGGAGGAGACAGCCCCUGGAGAGCACACAGACACUGGGAAGGCCACAGAAGGGACAGCCUCUGAGGAGAGGGUAACAGAGGAAGAGGAUGGGCUCGGACAGAAACGCCCAGAUGCAAAUAUACCCGAGGAGGGAGCGGUCAGGGAGAAGGUCCUCCAAACUUCUUCUGGAGAAGCGGAAGGUACCACUGUCCCAGAGCCGGAAGCGAAGCAGAAGGAGGAGGCGCCUCUGGAGCCAAGCGGCAGCCCAGGGGCCGACCAUUUGGCGGGAGAGUCCAGCAAUGAGAUCCAGAGUGAGAAUGCAGUCUCCACGGAAGACAUCCCCGUGGAGGAUACCCGAAUGUGAUGAAGAGCUCAGGGUACCAGUGAUGGGGCCACUGGAGACAUCUCCUUGGAAACAGCAGCAGCAGUAGCAGCAGUAGCAGUUGAUGGAGCCGCGGCAGCAGGGGAACACACCGAGCAUCCGGAGGCAGCCCAGAAUGCAGGGCAGAUUGUCUCCCGUAGGCUACACCAAGCCUUGUCAGAGACGAGAGCUGAGGACAGUAGAGUUUUGUCAACCUGAGUCUGCGCCAUCCGAUGCACUGACUCAGAGUUAAAUAUAUUUAAAGCAGUUUGCUGUGGUGUCUACUCCACGGCAAUCCUGGCCUUCCUGUUGCCCCCCCAGGCCUUCCUGCAGCCGACCUCCCAACUAGGCUCUUGUUGAACUUGUGUAAAGUUACGGUCUUUUUCUAUUGUUCUAACGUUUUUAUGGUUCUCAGAUGUAACUUAAAAAAAAAAAAACAAUUUUAGGUAGAUAAAGAAGACAGCCUUGUGGAGAAUAAAAUCCUCUGAGUUCCAGAGACCUGAAAAGGUAUCACAGCCCUCACUAUGAUCUUUCUGUUUGCUCCACAUGGGAAACAGCUGACCAGUUUCCAAAAACGAAGCAAGAUAUUUAUUAAAACAUGUAAAAAUCUUGUUCCUGUCUGCUCCAAGGGCAGGCACUUUCCCUGUCCCACAGCCGGAAUGAUGAGAACAAGGGAAGUGAUUGGUCCAUCCCAUCCCAGGCUGCCCUGUUACAGGAACUCCCUCAGAAAGGCAGGGUAUCAGACAUUGUGACUUUGUGCUUCAUUUCCCCCCUGAAGGUGCAACAGUAUCUGCCUCCUCCAAGCACUGGUUGCAACUCUCCUACAAGGUUACACUUGAACAGGAAACUGGCUAACCUCUGGGACGGGUGCUGAGUGUCCACAGCACAACUUACCUUCUGAGAGCAUCCUCCCUCGUAGCUUCUCUAUGAAGCGUUUGUUUGUUUGAUCUUGAUUUUUUUUUUAUAUAUAUCUCACCAUGUAGCCUUCAACUUACUAUGUAUCCCAGGCUGGUUUUGAACUAGUGAGCCCUCUGCCUCUGCCUCUGGAUUGUAGGUACGCAUCAUCGUGCCUGGCUCUCAGUAAGCAUUUCUCAAUUCCAAGUCCGAGUUCUUCUCCCAGACUCAGGAAGCAUGAGUUGGGGCCGUCACCCCGUUUUCAUCAGGAAGUCCUGCUUAGUAUCCUGUCUGGGGACAAAACAGGGUUUGUAGGGAUGGGGGUCAGUCUGAUAUCCAUCUCCCCAUGCACUCCUGCUGAAGAAUUGUUAACCUAAAUAAAUGUUGAGUCUUCGGGAUUGGUUCUUAUU